CCUGGACUUGGCGCAAGCUGUCCUCUUUCGCGCCCUUGAUUUCAAAGCACUAUUUCAGGUGACUCGCCGCGGUGAUUAUCUUUUAUAAGUGGUGUUCUGGCUGGUCAUAGCAAGUACCCAUCAAUUGCACUUAGCACUCCAUCCGUUCCCACUCCCGUUGAUACCGCUUUUCCCAUCCAACAACCCCAGCUUAGAUCUUGCCUUUCCUAAUACGUCAUGGUUUUGAUCAAGAGCCUCGUGCUCGCCGUCCUGGCCAGCUCGGUGGCUGCCAAAUCGGCCGUUAUCGACCUGAUUCCCUCCAACUUUGACAAGCUCGUCUUCUCUGGAAAGCCCACGCUGGUCGAGUUCUUUGCUCCCUGGUGUGGCCACUGCAAGAACCUUGCCCCCGUGUACGAGGAGCUCGCCCAGGUCUAUGAGUAUGCCAAGGACAAGGUACAGAUCGCCAAGGUGGAUGCCGACUCGGAACGGGAGCUCGGAAAGCGAUUUGGUAUUCAGGGAUUCCCCACGCUAAAGUUCUUCGAUGGCAAGAGCAAGGAGCCGCAAGAGUACAAGUCGGGCCGUGAUCUUGACAGCCUGACCAACUUCAUCAUUGAGAAGACUGGUGUUAAGCCCAAGAAGAAGGGUGAGAUGCCCAGCAGCGUUGUUAUGCUCAACAACAAGAGCUUCUACGAGACGGUUGGAAGCGACAAGAACGUGCUGGUAGCCUUCACUGCUCCCUGGUGUGGCCACUGCAAGAACCUGGCCCCUACAUGGGAGAAGGUUGCCCACGACUUUGCUGGUGACGAGAACGUUGUGAUUGCCAAGGUCGAUGCCGAGGGCGCUGACAGCAAGGCUGUUGCCGAAGAGCAAGGCAUUACCGGCUACCCUACCAUCUUCUGGUUCCCCGCUGGCAGCAAGAAGUCUGUUGAAUACGAGGGCGGCCGAUCAGAGAGCGAUUUCCUCAAGUUCGUCAACGAAAAGGCCGGCACUUUCCGCACUGAGGGAGGUGAGCUGAGCCCCGCUGCCGGCACUGUGGCUUCACUAGACGCUAUCGUGGCCAAGUUCCUCGGCGGCGUUGCCUUGACCGAGGCCAUUAGUGAGGUUAAGGAGGGUGUUGCCAAGCUCAAGGGCACCGCUGAGGCCAAAUUCGCCGACUACUACGUCCGCGUGUUCGACAAACUGAACAAGGAUGCCAAGUUUGUCAGCAAGGAGCUCACCCGACUCCAGGGCAUCUUGGCCAAGGGUGGCCUUGCCGCUGGUAAGCGGGAUGAGAUUAAGGUCAAGGUCAACGUCCUGGACAAAUUUACCCCCAAGGAGGAGGACGACAAGGACGAGCUGUAAGCUAAAUGAACCAUUUGGACAUUGAAGAGAAAGAAACAAAGAAGAGAGAGAGAGAGAGAGAGAAAGAAAGAAAGAAAGAAAGAAAAUGUUUGUCUACUAUCAAGCGAUGAAAGUAUCAUAAAUUGUAUGAACCCUGGGUUUACAGCUAUCAAGACAAAUACAUCAUGAUAAAGCUAAAAC